AUGUCAACUUUCAAUGGUCCUUCAGGAAUCCCUUUACUGAGAACAUCCAAGAAGCCUGCAGAGGAGGCAAAGAAAACAACUUACAUAAAAACCAAACAGCAGUUCGCAACAGCAAAGAGCAGUCAUUUCAGAAAAGGAUUUUUUGAAAGAAAAACAGAAAAAGAAAAGUUUCUUGACGAAGCUUCUAGACUGCAAAAUGAAAUAUCUGAGUACAAGGAAAGUGUGGCAGUAGCCCAGCAAAAGCUGAAUCAGGAAAAGGACAGAUUGUCAGAAGUCCAGAAGUGUGCAGAAGAAAAAGAAAACCGUUUAACAGGUGAAAUAGAGGAACUGCAAGCAAAGAAUUCAACCUUGGAAGAAAAAACGACCAGCUAUGAAAAGAAACUUCUGCUGUGCAACAUCAAUCCAGUGACACUUGAGCACAUGAAUGAUGACCAGACACAGAGAGAUGUGCUGUCAAAGAGAAGAGAUGUAGCACGGGAAAAUGUGGGAUUGUUGAAGAAAAGAGUUGACAGUUUGAAUGAAGAAUCCUCAAAAUUACUUGAAAAUAUGAAGAAUUUAGGUGUUGACAUUGACAAAAUUGCCGCAGAUGUGACAUUACCAUCAGAAGAAACAUGAAGCUACCUGCCUACUUUAACAUAAAGAGGGUCUGUAGAUAUAAACAGUGGUGCAGUGGGUGUUAGAAGAUAUGUAACCAACAGAAGGGAAC